AAGACCAAAAUGAAGUCUUCGUCUUCACUGCUCUUGCAAUUGAAGAGGCGGGGGAAGAAGGAGUAGUUUGCGCUGCGACUGCGACUAGAGAAAUCACAUUCAAAUCAUUCACAAUGCUUCCUUCCAUCACCAUCACCAUCACCAUCAUCAUACUCUUAGCUUUCUCUUCCCUCGUUCUUCUCCACACUCCCCUUUCAAUUUCAGCUCAACCAGUCAACAACCUCACCUCCCAAAUCCACCAAAUCAACCUCAAAAUCGCUCACUUAGAAUCGGUUCUUGAAGAAACUGAUAAAAGGUUAAAGGAAAGGGACUUGCACCUGCAAGAGUGUGAAAAUCGAAUGAAAGAAAUGUCCGAAAAAAUCCAUGAUCUGCACUCUACUCUCUCUACGGUGAAGGAUGAUUCAUUACAUGCUGAGAAACAGAUUGUAGCUCUGGAGGAAGAGGUACAACUUCUUUGGGCUGCAUUGAGAAGAAACAACUUUGAUAUCCAUAUUUUGAAAUCUAAGGCGCAAGAUACUGAAGAGAGCCUGGAAGAGGUUACUUCAAGAGUUGAAAAGAUGGGUGACAUUGUGACUGAACAGUGGAUUCAAAUUCAGCAUCUUGAGCAGGCUCUUCACUCUACUAAAAUGAGGACUUUAAAGGCUCAAAGGCUAGCAAGCCUAACAAGGUGCACAUUCUUGAAGUUUAUCUACAGCAUUCUUGAUGAUAUUCGGGCACUGGAUUCAUAUGUAUUUGGUGAAAGGACUAUAGACAGUUCACUCAUCUCAAGGGCUGUGGAUCAGUUGAAGAGAUGCUUUUCAAUGAUAAAAAAGUAUCACCAUCAGCUUCAAGGUUUGAUCAAAGAUCUGAUGAAGAGAAAUGAAUUGACUGCAGCUCUUGCAAAUGAUGAAUUAGUUUUUUUCCUGGUUUCUGUUCUAGUCACUUUUCCAUUAAUGAGUGCCUGGAUAUUCCUCUCACCAUAGUUGCUUCCAAGUUCCUAUAGUGACACCUGAUGGGCUUUCUUCCUAUACUUGUGCAUAGAGAACAUGUGACAGAUUUCUCAGUGAUGGUGGACAUGUAGUUCUGAUCUUGCAUGGUAGCAAGUAGCCGAGAAUACUUCUUAGUGUGAAUUUUGACUGUAGAAUUUUAAUGUCGCAGCCUCAAACUUUUGAAGGGUCCUCUGCAAGCCCUUAGCACUUGCAUGCGUGUCUUAUUAGAUUAGGGACUUUAGAGAUGGAAUGAAACUGGUAUGAUAGGUAAAACAAAAAGGGGAGCGGCAAGAGAGGAAAAUUGGGUAAGUGAGAAACAUUGGUCAUUACUAUUCAUGGUUUUUUAGGGAAUGCACGAAUUGUGUGUGUUUUUGGAUUAACAUUUUGCAGAAUUGAUUCUCUAACAAAUAGAGUUGACUAUUGUAAA